AUGAGUGACAUUAACGAAACUAGGGCUCAGUUUCUGGAUACGGAUAAGGAUGAGAGUAAGUUAAGCGAGAAGGCUAGCCACACCUUACGUAGUGCAUUGAAGAAGCAAGAGAAACAGAAACUUGGUGGAAGAGAAACAAACUUUGAGAACAGCAAUGGCGUGGAAUCGUCUCCUUUGUUGAACAGCACGCCUCCUACUGUGUCAAAAGCAUUAGUAAAGCUUUAUCCUUACUUGGUUGUUUGCAAUGAGUUUUUGGGGCUCUUAACAUGGACUAGCGACGAUAUUUGGAAGAGCGUAUUGAUGGUUAUAUGCUACAUCGCAGUAAUCUUGUAUUUCCAAGUGGUGGUAAGGUACUUUGGCCAUUUCUUGUUUGUCGGAUUGUUAUGGGGAUAUUCUGCUUUGGAUACUUUUGUGGAAACUACCAUUAAGGAAAAGCCUACACUAGAUGACAUUGUGCAUAUCAUUUCUUGUGUGUACACGAAGGCUGAUUUAUUACUUUCGCCCUUGUCCGUAUGGACGGGAAACGAUAUUAAGCGGAUACUUUUGACGAUGGCGUUUCUUUCGCCUGUCUAUGUAAUUGUGUCAAUAUUCAUCUUCUCAUCACAGAAAUUGGUAUUGAUCGCUGGUGUUUACGUGCUCACGUACCAUUCAUCAUGGUCUGUAGUCACUAGAAGAUUAUUGUGGAAAUUAAAGGUUGUCCGGUUACUUGUCUUUUACAUAACCGGUCUUGAUUUGAGUGGUGUUAACAAGCAUCAAGGUGGAAUCUUCGCUGCAGUGCAUAAGAAAGUCAAGAAUCUUUCAUCGAGCUCGAUUGGAACCGAUGCAGAUGAUGGGAAACCCAUUAGAUUCACUUAUGUAUUAUAUGAGAACCAGAGACGUUGGCUCGGUAUUGGCUGGACUGCCAACAUGUUGACUUACGAGAGAAGUUCAUGGACAGAUGAGUUUUUAAACGAGGCACCAUCUCCAGAACAAUUUAAACUUCCAGAAGAGGCUAGCGGUAUGGCAUGGAGAUGGGUGGAUAAGACAUGGAGACUUGACAUGACCAAUGAUGGAGCCAUCCAACUCUCUAGUACGAGGCCAAAGACUACUGCUUCGCCUGGUGCGGAUGAUGGCUUCAUUUACUACGAUAACACAUGGAAAAAACCAUCGACAGAGGAUUCAUUCUCUAAGUAUACCAGACGUCGUAGAUGGAUUAGAACUGCAGAAUUGAUCAAGAUUGGUGCAGUGCCCUCAAUGGUAAAUUUGUCGGACUCUCAUUCAUCGGAUGAAAAUACUACAGAGAAGAGGAAAAGCGUAAGGAUAGAAGAACCAGGUUCUCAAUCGAAUCAAAGGAAAGUAUCGUUUAGUGAUACCAGUGACGUAAGAAUCAUACCUGAUGAUUCCUACGAAAAGGAUACGGAAGGUGAUUCUGAUGCCAGUUCUGAAGAACAGGGAGAUCAGAAUAAAACAACAGACGAUAACUCUGAAGUGAUAGAAGAAAGUCCGAAUGAGAAUUUCCAACGUUCAACAGACACAUCUGGAGAUCUUAAAUCCAGGGUCACCGAAUCAAAUCUUGCAUCUUCCGACGAUACUCCAAGGUAG